AUGGGUUCUAAGCCUUCUAAAAAACCAGAUCCUCCGAAAUCUAACGAAGCUUAGCUUGAAGAUUAAAUUCCAGUCUAUAAACGGCCUAAAUCUCCAGAUUACGGGCAAUAAGCGAAAAUAGAGGCUGUUGGAAUUAAACCUGAUGAUAAUAUCGAUAGAGAGGCAGCAAAUAAGAGAUAAGCUGAAAAGCAAAGAAAUUCUAAGUUGGAGGGUUAAUAGAAAAUAUAACUUCCAUAAAAAAAGAUAGAAUAACCAAAAAAAAAAUCUUAGAAAUUUGUUAUUUAAUCAAGUUAGCAAAAUAAUAACAGUUUGGAUCUAUCUUAUGAUCAAUUUGUAAAUGGAUUAAAUCAAAAUGAUAUUAAAGAAUUGGAGAGACAAUUGGAAAGUGAUGAAUUGUCUCCAAUUAAUCAAACUAAUACUGAAUCUUAAAAAUAGGCACUAGAUGAGUAGAAAAUUAAGGUUGCUGAAUAAAAAAUAUGGAAAUUAAAAUAAAAAAUUAAGAGAUCUUUUGAUUGGCCAGCUUAAGGUUAAGUAUACAUGGUUUCAGUAACCUUUAAAUAUAACUAUUAAUACAAAACCUAAAAGUUGGCAGUGACAUAACCAUUUGAUAAUUAUGUAAACUCUAUAUUAUCUUGGAAAAAUAAUGCACAAAUGGGUGUAUUCGAAUUUAAAUUAAGAGAUGUAGACAUAUAUAAUACAGAAACAGGGGAUGUUUAAUAACUUAAAUUUAACGAGGUGGAGUUUAUGGUUGAUUAUAAUGGAGUUUUUAUUGGAGUCAAGCAUGAAAAUGAUUUUAUUAAGAAACUUUCGUAAUAGAAGAGAUAUUAUGAAAAAGAAUAGAUAAAGGAAAAAAUGGAUAGGGAUUAAUUACUUAAUAAUUAAUUGAGCAAUCUAGAAAGAUUGGCUAAUAAUAAAUUACAAGUCAAACAAUCAGCCAAGUAAAAGAAAUAAAAACCUGAGGCAAUCAUUUAAAAAACUGAAAAACAACUAGAAUAAUUUUGGACAAAUGCAUUUUAAUGUUGGUAUACUCUAAAUGAAGAUGAAGCUGAAAAAGUCUUUUAUGCAGGUUAAGAAUGUGUAGUUUUAUAAAAGAAAGAAGAGGAUCCAUAAAAAAAGUUAGAAACUUUUCUAAUCAAGAAAUUGCAAGAUCCAGAAUUCUUUAAGUCUUGUUUAAAUUCAGUAAAAACAAUAAAGGACCCAUUGAAAAAAUGGGGAAUGUUUAGUAAUGAAGAAAUAUUAGAAUACUUAGGUGGAGCAAAACAUAGUGUUGUAUAAAUAUAAAAGAAAAUAACCUUUCCAAUUUUGGAAAAAUAUAAGAUUGUUGAGGGUACUCUUAAUAAUAGUGAUUUAACUCCUUUGGUUGUCAAAUGGAAUCAAUGUAGAAAAACAGUUAUUGAACAUGAGAGAGACUUAUUUGUAGAUAUUGAACAAGAAAAAAAAUUAUUAACAUUUAUCUGGGAUAAACAAUUAGAUAUUAAGAUGAAAUUAAGAUCUGAAAAUAUAUUUGUGGAAGAACUUAACAAAUUUAGAGAUGAGUGCGAAUAAGAAUUGAAAGAAAUGUUGUUCCAAUUAUCAACAAUCCCUAAUUUUCCAAUGGAAAACAGACCUAAAUAUAAAGAAAAAUAUUUCUAAAUUUUAUGA